CAAUAAUCUACAGCUUAUCAACAAAAUACAUUGAGAAACUUUAACAAAUUGGAAAACCUUUCUCUUGCACGAAAUCGACUGGAUGACGUACCAGAAGAAAUCCUGAUGAUGGCUAGGCUCAAACAUUUGGAUAUGACAUCGAAUUCCCUGUCAGUCAUCAGUAAACAGCAACAGACAAUGCUCGAUGACUUUGUUGUGAAUAACGGUUCGUUCUACCUCUACCUAACAGGCAACAUCUUCAGCUGCAGCUGUGGAACUCUCCACUUUAUACAAUGGUUACUGGAAACUGAUGUCACUUUAGAUCACCAUGGUAACUACAGCUGCAUCCUUGGUGAUGGAACGUUGUCUGAUACAGCUACCUUUUAUGCAAGCAGGACAUUUCAUUGGAGAACAUGUGUUGGUCAGUUCUGGUUGGCGGUGGCCAUAGUUGGGAACUUGAUUGCACUGUUGUCUUUACUUGUAGCAUUUCUUUUCAAGAAAUAUUUCCCCAAAAUAGAACACCAUGUAUUGGAUAUGCUUGGUUAUAACCCAAGACGCCGACCACAAAGGGAGGAUUUUGAUUAUGAUGCCUACAUAUGCUAUGAAAAUGCUGAGUAUCAAUGGCCAUGUCACUGUCUCUUCAAGGAGCUCCCCAAAGUCUCCCCUGGUAUAAGACUGUACCUGCCCGACUUACAUGACCCUGCAGGGUGUUCCCAGGCUGAAGUGACCAUUGAUGCUUUGUCGAGAAGCUGGAAGAUUGUUAUCGUGCUGACAGAGAACUUCCUGAGAGACGAAUGGAUACACUUUACUGUUCUGUCUACUGUCAGACUGAUGUCCGUGAACAACGCAAUCGCGGACCGGGUCCUGCUUCUGUACAGGGAUAUGUCCUUGGCAGCGAGAGCUCGAGUUCCUCGUCUUCUCCUCAACGUGGUUUCAGAGGAACUCAUUCUGGACGUGGAGGAACACCCCCAGUUCUGGACACAUCUGUGUCAGCGUAUCCACAACGCUGAUCCCGCAGCCUUAUUCUAAAGUUGAACAUUUCAUGUUUAAUACAAUAUAUUUUAUAUCUUUACGAGAAUGUCAAAAGUGAGAUUAGUUCUGUUCAUGAGGAAAUUGACUGAAAGUUCGAAGCAUAUGAAAAAAAGGUACAAGAUUUCCAACAAAUAUACUGAGGGUUAUAAAAGGAAAACAAAUGUAUAAUGCUGUUGACAAUUCUGUAGUCAUAAAGAACCUGAAUGUUCACACGCACGAGGAAAAGGAUUCGCGAGUGACAAAAAACAAGGUGUUGGAGCUUCUGCCUGACGAUCUGGAACUACGCAAACAAUGUUAAAAUGAAAGGAAGAGGCCUAGACAUUUGGUCAGAGCAACUAUGGAUUCUUUGGAAGCAAAAGCUGAAGUUAUGAAGGCUAAAUCUACGCUGAAAGACUCUCGUAAACAUAGGGUUAUUAUACUGAACAUUGCACAAUACCUGAGGAGUGAAUGAAGCCCUACAUCAAGAUGUGAGGUUGCAGUACGCGUGAUUGACUACAUAACAGACUAUUUUAACGUUUCCAUGGGUACUGAGCAAGGUUGCAAAUUGUCACCAACUCUAUUUUCUCUCUAUAUAAAUGAUGUUGCCAAGUUGAUAACGACUCUCAAAUGGGGUGUACCAUUGGAUAAUGAAAUGUUACCCAUUUUUGUUAUACGCUGAUGAUAAUGCGUUGUUAGCUCAAAAUAAAAAAUAUCUGCAACAUAUGUUAGAUAUUGUAAGUACUUGGUGUUUAAAAUGGUGUAUUAGUAUUAAUGAGAAAAAUCGAAAUUGUCUGUUUUCGGGGAAAAAAAUCUAUUUUUAGAUCUUGUUGUAUGUCUUCUUGUUACAAUACUCACAUUUCUUAUGACAGCGCUCGUCGUCAUUUAGGAUUGUGUUUAAAAGAAUAUUUAGACAUGCACAAGCUUUUGAAAGAGCUUUGUUAGUGUGCUAGUAGAGCGUUAUCUGCUCUGUACACUAAGUAUAUUUAUGGUGUUGGAAUGUCACAUUAUGUUUUUACGAAGUUGUAUAAAUCGCUGGUACAACCAGUUUUGUUUUAUGGUGCCAUUAUAUAGGUCUUUCAUAGUUUUGAAGAAGCUGACGUUGUGCAAAAUAAGGCUGCCUGAAUGUAUCUUGGUUUAAGUAAACAUGCACCUGUUCUUGCAAGUAGAGGGGAUAUGGGCUGGUGCUCAGUUACUGUUACUCAGAAAACAGAAUGUUUCAGACUUAUAUCUAUGGAGCAAGAGCUUCUGCCUGAUAUUAUUCACCGAUUGUUUGGAUGUUUUACCACUUCUUACUCGACAUCAGAUUGGGUGUUAAAUGCUGUUUUUUGGUAUAUUAAAAACGUUUUAUUUCAGGAUGACGUAGUUAAUUUUCACACUUCGUUUUGGAAUGUUAAGUGUAAUGUAAAUGGAAAUAAGUUAAGUACUUGCAGAAAAUUUAAGUUUACACCUGUUGUUGAAUUCUAUGUUAAAAAUAUUAUGUAUAGAGACCACCGCCGUCUUUUAGCCAAGUUUAGAUGGUGAAUUUUACCUUUGUUUGUUGAGGGGGGCACGGGUGGCCAAGUCGUCAAAGGCGCCGCGAUUCGCUGUGCAGAGUUGCGUCCCUUGGGCACGCCAGAAACCUAUGAUUGAGGGUUCGAAUCCGGGUUCGCCCAAAUUAUGUUUU